CUUCUGUGUGACAAAAGAGCGAUUCAGCCCAUUUAACUACAUUACCCAAGAUACCUUGCGGUUAUUUGCGUCAUCCCUCUGCGCUAAGCUGAGUUGGCCAUUAGCAAGAGGCCGUCUACUGUCAUCAUGACCAAACUUCUGGAGUGGUUGUUCGGCGUUUCUGUCGUCUUGGCCGUCUGGGCUGUGGUGGCUUUCGACCUGUUGGACUUGAAAGUGCCGCAGCCUUACAGAGAGGUUGCCUGGCCCAUGCCGCUGUACCUGCUGGUGUCCUUCGGCUGCUACUCCCUGGCCACGGUGGGCUACCGGGUGGCCACUUUUAAUGACUGUGAGGAGGCUGCAAAGGAGCUGCAGAGUCAGAUAAAAGAAGCCAAAGAGGACCUUAAGAGGAAAGGAUUGAAGAUGUAGAACAUUGCAAGAACUAUGUACCUAUUUUUGUAAACAUCUGGAUAUGUAUUUUAUAUUGUAGUGACAUGAGAUUGUGUGCAACUAAUUUCAGUGAUUUGCACCCACUAAAUGUGAUGCUGUUACUCAUCUAUCUAUGAAACACAUUCUUACAUGUUGGUCACUGAUGGUAAAUUAACAUUCUUCUGUCCUGAUUCAAAUGUGUGCCCUGCAGGAAGUGGAUUAAAUUAUUUUUAUAAUUUUUUUCUCAAAUAUGGGGGGAAGGAAACCCAUGUAGUAUGGACAUGUACUAGUUAGCUGAAUAAACCGUACAUACAAACAACCAUUCACACUCACAUUCAUACCUAUGGACAAUUUGGAGUCACCAGCUAACCUAACAUGGAUGUUUUUGGAACGUGGCAGGACACCAGUGUACCCGGAGAAAACCCAAUGCACAUAUUAAUGGUGAAAACCUGUCAUACAAACCCAUAAGCUUCAUGCUGUGCACACCUACAGUCGUCAAUGACACGAAGAUUAGGUUUCAUGGUGGUUUCCUGUCAGAAAUGGUUAGCUAAAAAUGUACAGUGUCGCUAAUCUAAUGUUGGCUGGCACUUCUUUUGCCUAUGUUCAUUUUCCCCUGCUGUGCAUAAACAAAGCAUAGCCCGGCCAAAUUCAUCAUUACGCUGGUUCAAACGCUCCUGUAACUUAAGAAGAAAUGCAAAAAAAAAGAAGCCGUUGUUGGCAGUGUGAUGUUUUUGGCUGGUGGUGCUCCCCCCACUGCCGUGCCUUUACUCCCCCCUCCCGCCCUGCCAAUGUCUGCAAGCUGUUGCCCGAGCAGACGGCAUGAAAGGCAACCUGUUAUUUACCAGCAAAAUCUCCCACUCUGGCAAUUACACCAAAGGCCUCCCUUGGUAGGCAGAGAUGUUCUCCACUUGUCGCCACAUGUGAAAUAUUUCUUCUUUGUCAUCGCUACGGGUUGACUUUGAAGACAUCCGUCUGUUACGUGCCUUUUUUUGUUGCAAGUCUGGGUAUAAAUCAGAUAAGAGGCAACGUGUCACAGGCCUUAUGUGGUGUGUGUGUGAACAGUCCCCCAUGCUAUAUGUGCUACACAUGCUUCAGGCCAGACUCAAUACAACAUACUGUAAUGUUGGCGGAAUCAUGAUGAGGAUGACUGUG